AGAAUUCCUAAGAAAUAAUUAUCAAACUUAAUUUUGUUAUCUUGUGAUUAACAACACACAAACACCCAAAUCAAAAUGAAAUUCGUUAUUGUAUCACUCGCCAUCCUUUCAGUGGCUUUUGCCGCUUCAGUCAGCGAACAAGACGUACCAAUUGUACGUGAAGCUUUCCAAAUUGAAGGAGGAAACUUCAAAUACGGAUACGAAAGUGGAAACGGUAUUGUACAAAAAACAAAAGGUACCUUGAAAAACGCAGGAACUGAACAAGAAGCACAAGAAAUCCAAGGAUCAAUCUCAUACACCAGCCCUGAAGGAGUACCAGUCAACCUAGCUUAUGUUGCCAACGAAAAUGGAUACCAACCAUCAGGUGAUGUACUCCCAGUACCACCACAAAUCCCAGAAUUGAUCCUCCGUGCUCUCGAAUGGGCCCGUACUCACCCAGCACCAGAAUCUAAAUAAAUUAUUGUUGAUUAAUUAAAAUAAGAAAAUCUUGUUGUUGUUGCGUUAAAUGUUUUUACACACACACAUACACACAUACACACACACAUACACACACA